UAAUUCUUAUUUCAAACUGAAACUCAAGCUUGCAAUUCUCAUAUUCAUCUAAAAUAAACUUGAGUUUGAACUGAGUCUUCUAACAAUACUAAUUGUCUGAUCCCAUUCCCUAUUCUAGAUACACAGCAGCCAACAGCUGGAUGUAAAAAUUGAAGAACAAAGCAACAAGUUUUCUGCUUUAUAGAAAAAGAAAGUACAAAAGCCUGCAAGUCUCAUAAUAACUGCAAUCAUCUAUGGAGAAACAUGUGUGGAGCUCUCUCCCUGUGCCUUGCGUUCAGGAGCUAGCCAAGGAGGCGCACACUACAAUUCCACCAAGAUAUGUCCGAACUGAUCUAGAUCCUCCUCUCACAGCCGAUGCUACUUUCCUGCCACAACUGCCUGUAAUCGACUUGCAAAAGUUGCUUUCUGGAGACUUAACAGGUUCAGAAUUAGACAAUCUUCAUAUUGCUUGCAAAGAAUGGGGUUUCUUUCAGCUGAUAAACCAUGGAGUGAGCAGUUCAUUGGUGGAGAAACUGAAGACAGAAACUCAGGAAUUUUUUAAUCUGCCAAUGGAAGAGAAGAAGAAGUACUGGCAAAAGGAAGGAGAUGUAGAAGGAUUUGGGCAGGCGUUUGUUGUCUCUAGGGAGCAGAAGCUUAACUGGGGAGACAUGUUCUUAGUGACCGCCCUCCCAAUUCAUUUGAGGAAGCCACAACUAUUUUCCAAGCUACCUCUGCCUUUCAGAGAAACCUUGGAAACAUACUCAUUUGAACUAAGAGAUCUUGCCAUGAAAAUCCUGAACCAAAUGGCAAAAGCUCUGAGAAUGGAAUCUGAAUAUGUGAAAGAACUGUUUGAAGAAGGGAAGCAAGCUAUUAGAGUGAACUAUUAUCCUCCAUGCCCACAACCAGAGCUUGCUAUGGGCAUCCAUCCUCAUUCGGACGGCGGCGGCCUUACCAUCCUCCUCCAGCUCAAUGAGGUGGAAGGUCUCCAAAUCAAGAAAGAUGGAAUGUGGGUUCCUGUUAAACCCCUGCCAGGUGCUUUUAUCAUCAACAUUGGAAACAUUUUAGAGAUUGUAACCAACGGAAUUUACCAGAGUAUUGAGCAUCGAGCAACUGUAAACUCGAUGAAAGAAAGGCUCUCAAUUGCCACAAUUUACAGCCCCAGUUUAGAUGGCAAUAUUGGUCCGGCGCCGAGCCUUAUUACACCAGAGACUCCGGCGUUGUUUAAGACAAUCAGUGCCGCAGACUACUUCAAGGGAUUCUUCUCCCAACAGCAGAAAGGAAAAUCGUACCUUGAUGUCAUGAGGGUUCAAAAUGAGAAUGGAAGUGUUUGAGUAAAGUGGAAAUUCAAAUGUCUGGUUUUUCUAAAUAGUUUGUCAAUAAUGGAAAGGGCGUCUGUUUGAUACUACUGCAUGUCAUUGUAAUAGAGUCAAUUCAGACUCGUUUUAAUUUGAGUUUUCUAUUUUAAAUUAAAAAUAAAGUAAAAUUCAACCACAUAUAAUAUAUUAUCU